GAUCGAGGAGGCCCAGGUCAGUGCGAACAAGUCGAGUCAACGCUGAGGUUCAGUCUGGUGCCGCCCCGAAAGCCAAAGGAACCCCGUCAAUCAAAUAUCAAAAAAAAAAAUGAAUCAUCUGCAAGGAUCCCUGCUGCUGGUGUUGCUCCUCCUGGCCGCCGCCGCGCCCAGCCGGGCGGGGCUCUUCGACUGUGAGGACAAGGUGCCCGGCCUGAGCGAUCUGAGUGAGAAGAUCUCGGAGAUCUCCGGCGGCAGUGGCAGCAGCGAGCACGAGGUGCGCGACUUCUUCAAGAACUUUGGCUGCCAAAUCAAGCAGGGGGCCAAGAAGCUGGGCGAGAAGGCCAAGGAUCUGGGCACCGAGCUGAAGGAGGGCGCCCAGAAGCUGGGCGAGAAGGCCAAGGUCCUGGGCAGCGACAUCAAGGAUCGCUUCGACGGCUUCCGCGAGAAGCUCUCCAAGGACUCUGUCGAAGAGAUGUCCAAGGAUCGCAGCUUCCUCGCCAAUGUCGAGGUCAUCAAUCCGGACAUCCUCAAGGGCGAACAGCAAUGCGGCCACGGACACAUCCUCGAUGCCUUGGGCAACUGCAGCAAAUUGAGGAAGUAGAAAAAGGGAGGUGCCACACCCACCCCCACUCUCCCAGUAGGCAGUCCACUAGGGACUCCUCCUUGUACAUAUUUUUUAAGAAUUGUGAGCGACUUUUAUUUUAUUAUUUUAAUUUUUUUUUUCAUUAUGAUUUUUGUCCUU